AUGUCUGACCAAGGACGCGAAUCUUUCACCGACAAAGCCUCCAAGGCCAUGCAGCCCGACAGCAGCAAGUCGGACACGCAGAGGACCAAGGACAAGGCAUCCGGCGGCAUGGACAGCGCCAUGGGCUCGAUGCAGCCCGACAGCAUGAAAUCGGACUCGCAGAAGGCUGGUGACAAGGGCCAGAGCAUGUUCCAGCAAGCCAAGGACACCGUCAGCGACACCUUCUCGAGCGACCACCACAACAAGCAGUGA